UGCAGAAACCCUGCUUUACCAAGAGAUCACUGUAAUUUCAGAAAUUGGGACAGCAAUUCCACAUCCUCCACUCGACACGGAGCUGGAGCUCUCAUGCAUUCAUACACAGAGCGACGGUGUCACUUCGCAAGCUUCGCCCCCUUCUCCGAUUCCCACAAUUCCGCCCACAGCUAAGAUGGCGGCGGGAGUGCAGGGCUGCGUGAGACGCUUUCUCCGGAUGCCCCGCAACUGGCAUUGCAGCUCUUUCCAAGCUCGCUCGGCCGCCUCCUUGUCCUCCGCACACGUGCGCCAGAUGUUCCUCCAGUACUUCCAGGAGCGGCACGGACAUCAAGUCGUUCCCUCGGCUUCUGUGAGGCCUCGAAACGAUCCCGGGCUGCUAUUCGUGAACGCGGGAAUGAACCAGUUCAAACCAAUCUUCCUGGGCACAGCAGAUCCUCAAAGUGAGCUUAAACGUUACCGCCGAAUUGUGAACACCCAAAAGUGUGUGCGGGCAGGUGGAAAGCACAAUGAUUUGGAGGAUGUGGGUCGAGAUGUUUAUCAUCAUACUUUCUUUGAAAUGCUCGGGAACUGGUCCUUUGGUGAUUAUUUCAAAGAGGAAGCAUGUAAGAUGGCAUGGGAGCUCCUGACACAAGUCUAUGAAAUUCCAAAGGAUCAGCUUUAUGUCACUUAUUUUGGAGGUGAUGCCUCACUUGGUCUAAAUGCUGAUGAAGAGUGUAGGGAUAUAUGGCUUACGCUUGGUGUACCCCCUAGCCACGUUCUUCCUUUUCACCUGAAAGAUAACUUCUGGGAGAUGGGUGACACUGGUCCCUGUGGACCCUGCACAGAAAUCCAUUAUGAUCAUAUAGGUGGUGGAAGAAAUGCAGCAGUACUCGUGAAUCAGGGAAGUCCUGAUGUAGUGGAGAUCUGGAACCUCGUUUUCAUACAGUACAAUAGAGAGGCCAACGGGAGUUUACGCCAUCUGCCUCAGCAUCAUGUGGACACCGGAAUGGGCUUAGAAAGGUUGAUGACAGUUCUUCAGAACAAACGCUCCAAUUAUGACACUGACCUCUUCACCCCAAUCCUGGAUGCCAUCCAUAAGGGCUGCGGUGGACCUGGUUACCAAGGCUUGGUUGGCGAGACUGACCCGGGGGGAGUGAACAUGGCAUACAGAGUGGUGGCAGAUCAUGUGCGUGCCUUGUCUGUGUGCAUUGCGGAUGGGAUUUUCCCAGGCAUGGCUGGUGCCGAGCUUGUUCUGCGUCAGAUCUUACGCAGGGCUGUACGAUUUUCUUCAGAGGUUCUCCAUGCUCCACCUGGGUUCUUGGCGAGUUUGGUUCCUGUUGUAGGAGAAAUUCUGGGAGAUGCUUAUCCAGAACUAAAGAAGGAUCCAGAGAAGAUUAUGAAUAUCAUCAAUGAAAACGAGGCAGCAUUUUUCUCUUCUCUCUUGCAAGGACGCCGAGUUAUAAACCGAACUCUCCAGAAAUUGAAUCAUUCCAAAGUCUUCCCAGGAGAGGUAGCUUGGUCUCUCUAUAGAAAUUUGGGAUUCCCCCUGGAUCUCAUUAAGUUGAUGCUUGAGGAAAAAGGAGCACAGCUAGACAUUGCUACUUUUGAUCGUCUGGCUCAGGAACAUGCUGAACACAAUGCUAAGAUGCAACAGCAACAGCAACCCCAGAGUUCUAGAAAGCAGCUGGAUGUGCUUUCAUUGGCUCACUUGCAGCAGCGUAAUGUGCCUAUUACUGAUGAUUCCCCCAAGUAUGACUAUAAACGUGGACAAGAUGGGAAAUAUGUGUUCAAGCCAUGCCAAGCCACUGUCUUAGCAUUAUAUAGAGAUCAGACUCUUCAAGAGGAAGUUUCAGGAAAACAGCACUGUGGGGUCCUGCUAGACAGGACUUGCUUCUACGCUGAGCAGGGUGGUCAGGCAUCUGAUCAAGGCUAUAUGAUGUGUGGCAGGCAGCAGGAUGUACUUUUCCCUGUUGAAUCAGUACAAGUAUUUGGUGGCUAUGUAAUCCAUGAAGUCUUCAUUUCAGAAACCCUGAAGGUUGGGGACCAAGUACACCUCUUUGUGGAUGAGGCUCAGAAUAUUGGCCAGUUCUUGGCUAAAGAAGUGGAUUCACUUGCUACCCAAGUGAAAUUGGGAGGAGCCUCAGUUAAUGAAGCAUGGCGAAUCUCCAAGGAAGCUGGUCAUCUGACUGAUAGAGUGGAUACUACCAAGAUGCCACAGUGGCAGAAAAGGAAAUUGCAGGCUACUCUCAAAACACUACAGCAAGCAGCCAACAGUGCCCAUAGGAAAAUGGAGGUCAGACUGGCAGCAGAGAAGGUGCAAGGCUUGCUGACAAAGUAUUCCAAUGAGCCAGUCAUCAUUGAUACUAUUCCUGCUGAGACACCCUAUAUCUUGAUGAAAGCAGUCAAGCAACUGUGUAACAAAGUACCAGGGGCUUCUGUGAUGUUGCUUAGCUCACAAGCAGCAGGCCAAGUGUUUUGCGCUUGUCAGGUGUCCAAGAGUUCAUUAUCAAAGGCUUCUGCAGCUGACUGGGCUCUCGCUGUCUGUACUCAAAUGGGAGGCAAAGCAGAAGGUUCUGGAGUUGUAGCGAAAGGCAUGGCGAAGACCGAUGAUGUACAGAUGGUACUGGCGGCAGCACGGGAAUAUGCAAAGAAUGUAUUUUGAUGCUUGGUUGUAAGGAAUCUGGAUGUUCACUUGAAUGACUGUGAAUCCUAACAAGAUUUGUACAUUAUGGUGCUGCAACCCUUUGGAUUCUUCUGGAUUAUUGGACUGGUAGAAUGUGCUGCUUUGGCUAGCCAAUGUAUAUAAAUAACUUCUUUCAUGAAAUACAAUUUGCACAUGAUGUCAAGAAAGAACAACAGAGAUCAUCCUUUGACCAGUCACAUAAGGACAAGGCAAGUCAACCAUACAGGUAAAUAUAAUCAGCCUUUCAGAAUAGCCUCAAAGAAAGAAAUAACUAUGUUUCUUUGACAAUAAAAGAUGUAAGUUUGUUGGCUGCAGGAUCAUGUUUUUUAUUCAGUGGAACAAAAAGUUAGUAUGCUGUCUCAUUAGAACCAUUUUUUCUGCAAUGGAACAAAUUAUUUCCAGGAAAGUAUGCUAUCUAGUCUUUCUCUGGCUGGCUGUACAAAUUUUGCAGAUGGGUAUUACUUGAAGGGAGCUUUUGCUGUUGACAGUGCUUCACACAAACAAUGAUUCUGGUGCAAACCACUCUCCAGGGUUUGCUAAUCAUGGAAUAAUUUUAAAUGGGUCACAUUUACCAUUUUUUCAACUCAAUUUUUUUAUCCCAUCCUUAUCCUUUUUAUAUUGCUCCAAAAUCAUGAUGAUUUGCUAACCUUACAAUAACUUUUUGAGGAGCAGAGGAUGGAGAACUUGUGGUUUUCAGAAAAACACUUGUAGCAGAUCAAUUGAUGAACAAAAAUAGCAAAUUUGAGCUCCUGCUUCAUGAAGUCUC